AUGUCUCUCGAUAUGGCAUCUCCUGCAGUUGACAAUGAGAAGCAUCUUGGUUCGCAGAACCAGGAUGAACAGAACUUGGAGCGCCAUGGCUAUGUUCAGCAGACAAAGCGCAACUUCUCGCUUACUGCCAUGGUUGCGACAUGUGUCAACCUGAUGGCAACAUGGGAAGCACUAUCUAGUACACUCGCUGCUGGGCUCGUAAGCGGAGGGGCAGUAUCCCUUGUUUACGGCGUCAUCGUGGCCUUUAUCGGAUCACUCUGUUCUGCCAGUUCCUUGGCUGAGCUCGCAUCAAGCUAUCCUACCGCCGGCGGACAAUAUCACUUCGUCGCCAAGCUAAGUCCGAAAAUGAGCCGACCCUUGACCAGCUGGUUCGCUGGAUACAUCUCAACGCUAGGCUGGAUAGCUUCAGCUGGUAGUGCCCCCUUCCUCGCCGGAACGCAAAUCCAAGGCCUCCUCGUCCUCAACUAUCCCGAUUCCUACGUCUUCCAAAGAUAUCAUGGCACACUGCUCUUCUGGGCUGUCCUUCUGGGCUCCGCUUGCAUUUGCAUCUUCUGCAGUAAUAAGCUGCCGCUCAUCGAGAAGUUGACUCUCGUGCUACACGUUACCUUCUUCAUCGCAAUCAUAGUCACAAUGGCCGUGACUUCACCGACCAAACACUCGGCCGAAUGGGUCUUUUCCCACUUCGAGAACAAUUCUGGAUGGGGCAACGACGCCGUAGCUUGGAGUAUAGGACUUCUCAGCUCUUGCUACGUCCUUAUCGGCUAUGAUGGUGCCACCCAUCUUAGUGAGGAGAUGAACAAUGCUGAGAUGGGUGUACCUAGGGCUAUGGUUGGAUGUCUCCUGGUUAACGGUCCUUUGGGGUUUGCCUUCCUCCUGAUAAUUCUCUUUUUCAUGGGAGAUAUUUCGACGGCUUUGGCUACACCUACGGGGUUCCCCAUCAUUGAGAUCUUCCUUCAUAUGACCGGCAGUGUUGCGGCUGCUACUACCAUGACUGCUAUGAUCACUGUUAUGGCUUGCUUGUCGACAGUUCCUCUCCUCACAGCAGCGGCUCGCAUCAUGUGGGCGUUUGCUAGAGAUGGAGGCCUUCCCUUUGCUGAGCGUAUUGCAAGCGUUGACAAACGUCGACAAAUCCCCACGGUAUCCAUUGCCGUUGUCAGCUUCCUGCUUAUGCUGCUGAGUCUCAUCAACAUUGGUUCUACGACAGCCUUCAAUGCUAUCCUGUCCCUUGCGGUUGUUAGUCUACAGGCCUCGUACCUCCUUCCAAUCCUCCUGUUGAUCUGGCGGCGCUUAUUCCGCCCGGAUACUCUGCGCUGGGGUCCUUGGAGGCUCGGCAAAGCAGGCCUACCCAUCAACAUCAUUGCAGUUAUUUAUCUCAUGUAUACCUGCAUCUUUCUUCUUUUCCCUCCCUAUCAGCCAAUCACUGCGGUGAACAUGAAUUAUGCAUCUGUUGUGUUGGGUGGCGCUCUGGUGUUCGGCUGCAUCUAUUGGCCUCUGAGGGCAAGCAAGCGAUAUGUUGGUCCACUGACCGAUGCUGAAGGUUGGCAGCUCUACAUGGAUCAGUUUACUACUUCUUCGGCAUUGACCCGAAGGCGACAGAAAUUGAGGAUAAAAUGGUCGACUAAAUACGAGAUUGACUACGGCAUCCAUUCGUAUGCUGGUCCCAGCUCAGGGCACUCGCGUGGCAGUGAGGAAUUGCCAUCUUCUCAAUCUGACACCGACAAGGCCCUUGUGUUGUACUCCCCUCAGGAAGAAUCCUCCAAGCUCUUAACGCACUACUUCAAAUCAGCAUGCGAGGUUCUAUCUUCAUUUGACUCACCUAGUAACCCUUAUCGUUCGGAUCUGCUAGAGUUUAUACGGAACUCCCCAAUUGUGUUCAAUAGUGCCUUAAGUGCAUCGGCAGCCCAUCUAAGCCAGCAAGAACAUGACACCUCUUUGAUACCCUUGACUUUCCAGACGGAAGCAAUUUCACAUAUGUCGAGGGAGCUCGCCGAAAUACAUGUUGCCCAACACACAUUGGCUCCUCUUCGCCCCUCAACAACGCCAACCAUAAGAGAUGACCUGAUGUUGGGCGUCACACUCAUUGGGAUGACCUCUAGCUGGCACGAUCCUUCUUCUCUUGGUCUGUGCCAUUUUCAUGGUGCUCGCCAAGUAUUCAAUAUUUGGAUGAAUCAAUUCAACCUAACGGACCUUCAGUUACCAUCUUACCGCAUCCAGCGCCUAAUAGCUUCAUCCAUGAUCUAUUGGGAAGUUAUGGCCUCUUGCUUGACUGAUCAAGAGGUUGGCGCACUUUCAUACCUCGACGUGUUCUCAACGCUACCGCCAACGACCUUUUGUUAUCCGUGUCCAUGGACCGGAGUUGGCACAAAUAUUCUCAUCCGUGUUGCCAAAUGCAUCACAUUAGUACGGCAGAAGCUGCGUCUGAGAUCAUACAAUUGUUCAAUGGGGGGUGAUACAGAUGUGUCACUCCGCAACCUCGAUUUACUCACCCAAGCUUUUACUCUGAGUCUGGACAUAGAUCACUGCCAAAUACCAACUUCUGAAGCGAUACCCAAUACUGGCGACUACAGGACUCCGUCAGAUCAUCUCUGUAAAGUGGCUAAGUGCUAUCAACUGGUUGCUCGUCUUGAGCUUGACCGAGCAUUCCCUGAAGUCAUACAAAGCAUACAGGAUGAUCAAAAUCGAGAUGCAAUACUCUCACAACAUAUCUUAGGGCUUGCAGUGAAGAUACUAGAAAUCAUGAAGACCAUUCCCGAGGAUUCUCGAACUAUUGCCAUUCAGACCAUCAUAUUCCUGGUAGCGGGAAGUGCACUUAGAAUCAGUUCAGAUGCAAACACCAUUAUCAGAGCCUUAGUCGCAGGCUGGAGGAGGUUUGUGCUUGAGAGACUGCAUAAGUCAUUCUUAUCUCUCAAACUCCAGACGAUUAAUAGGGCAGCUACUGUGCUUCAGGGGGUUUGGGCACGGAUGGACUCAACGGCCAUGGAGGGUUAUGAUGCUAAGAGUCCAAUUUUACGCGUGCAUUGGAUUGAUGUUAUGGAAGAAGAUGGACUGGAGACUAUUCUAGGAUAACACGAGAAAAUUCGCAUCGUUCCUUUAUCACCCCCU